AUGGCAUCUAGCAGGAUUCUCGAACUCUCCUCGAUUAUUGCCACAAAUACAGAGAGAAUUGAUGGAUUCCUUACAUCCCAUGGGUUUCCAUACCCAACGUUCGAGAUCGAUGCCCCCUUACAAGCCAUUGUCCACUUCGAUAUCGCUUCAAGCGUCCCCAGAUCGGGAAGGGCUACCUUUGGACAAAUAUCGAGCAGUUGCGGUCUGACAGAGUCUGAUACGCGCCAACUACUACGCCAUGCCAUGACGAAUUAUAUUUUCCAGGAACCAGAAAAAGGAUAUGUUUCGCAUACCGCUUCGUCUGUGGCACUCGUCGAUGUUCCGAUGAUGGGAAGAUAUGUUGAGAUGGUUUCCAGUGAAUUAUGGCCAACAGCAACCACGGCAUUACAUCUAACCACGAAGAUUCAGGCUUUCAACGUUGCAAAUCACACCAAUAGGCCUUUCUAUGAAGAGAUCGCGCGUUUUCCGGACCGUGCUAGUCGUUUCGCAGUAGCGAUGGAUCUAAUCAAUGCUAGUGAGAGCAUGAAACCGAUACAUGUGGUGGAAAAUUACGACUGGGCUGGCUUGAAGGAGAAUGCGGUUGUUAUAGACAUCGGCGGCUCGCACGGGCAAAUAAGCAUCGCAUUGGCCACGAAGUUUCCUCAUCUGCGCUGUAUCGUACAGGAUAUUAAGGGAGUCAUUGCCGAAGGCAAAGACAUGUUGCCAGAGCACCUUAAUGGUCGGGUCAUGUUCAUGGAGCAUGACUUCUUCACGGAACAACCGGUCAAGAAUGCUGACAUUUAUUUCUUUCGAUGGGUUUUUCACAACUGGUCGGAUAAGUACUGUAUCAAGAUCCUGCGAAGUCUGAUUCCGGCUCUCAAGAAGGGAGCGUCGGUCGUCAUCAACGAGUUUUGCAUUGCUGACCCGGGAAUGAUCCCGCUGCACAAGGAAAAAGAGCUCCGAUCUUACGACCUAGGUAUGAAGAGUCUUUUUAAUUCCAAGGAGCGUGAGAGCGAAGACUGGGAGAAUCUACUCAAAAUUGCCGAUCGGCGAUUCUUGUUUAAAGGAGCUCGGGUACCUGCUGGAUCAUCGCUAGCCAUCAUAGAAGCUUGCUGGGAUGGAGACGGUCAAUGA